AUGAGACCUGCAGCUUCAACUCCACCUCCAAGAAACUCCACCGGCGCCGCCGCCAUCGACACCGGAUUUGGAAACUGGCACUCUCCCAUCCCAUAUCUGUUCACAGGCUUAGCCAUCGUUUUGGGUCUCAUUGCCAUUGCAUUGCUCGUCCUCUCUUGCUCCUACUUGCAUUCUCCUUCCGAUUCUCACUCCCCCGCCGCCUCUCAUGCCCCCGACGAACAAGAAAAGCUGCCCAACGGUGCCCGGGACUCAGAGCCGACCAUUCUCGUUAUUAUGGCCGGAGACGAUAACCCCACCUUCUUCGCCAAACAAACAACUCUUUGA